CACUGAAAUUUUGGUUUCAAGUUUCCAUCUAACGUGAAGGAAAGAGCUUUUGGUAAGACGUCAUCACAGAUUGGUGAAGAUAGUGUGAGUUUCCAGCAGAGUAUGUCGUUCUUGAUCUCCUGGUUCUCCAGCUGGUUCAAAACUAAUACUUCUUCAUCUAAGAAUGACAAUGCUAAGGCAAAGAAAGAAAGUUUGAAGCUACCUGAGCCUGACAGUAAAAGAUUUAAAAAGUCAAAGAAUAAAAGCAAAACUGAGCAAGUGGAUGAUCGUGUGGAUGAAGAAGAUGUGAAUCCUCCUCCUAGCCUAUGCCAUGGUUGCGACUUGGCGAUUGAUGACGGAAUAAAGUUCGAUGCCUUUAAUUUUCCUUGGCAUCCUCGGUGUUUCAUCCUUCAUUCUCAACAACAACCAAAGAAACCAAAAAACUGCUAUGUCUGUGAAAAGAAGUUGCCGCGAAAGGUAAGAAAGGAAGGUAAAAGUAGAGAGUAUAAGGAAGAUCCGUUCUGGAAGGAGAAAUACUGCCCUUGUCAUGACGGUGAUGGAACUCCCAAGUGUUGUAGCUGUGAAAGAUUAGAGUGUCAUAGAACCAAGUAUGUAAACCUUGAAGAUGGUCGAUGGCUAUGUCGAGAAUGUAUGGAGUGCGCUAUAAUGGAUACUGUUGAAUGCCAUGAUUUACAUUUGGAAAUCCGUGAAUUCUUCGAGAGCAUACACAUGAAGAUCGACAAAGAGUUUCCUCUUCUUUUGGUAGAGAAACAAGCGCUGAACAAAGCUGAAAAGGAAGAGAAGAUUCAGGACAAUCAUUAUGGGAUGGUAACCAGAGGUAUUUGCCUGUCUGAAGUGCAGAUUGUCAUAAGUGUCACAAACUGGCAAAGGAUGGGGUCAACUGUAGAAAUUGCUCGUAAAUCUCAAAAGGUUAAAGGGAGCUAUGUCACUGCAAUUCUCAUCUUAUAUGGACUACCUAGGUUCCUGACUGGAUGUAUCUUGGCUCAUGAGAUGAUGCAUGCGUGGCUUAGACUCAACGGUUAUAAAAAUCUAAACUACGCACUGGAAGAAGGAUUAUGCCAAGUGUUAGGCCAUAUGUGGUUGGAGCCUCAAGCAUACGCCACUCCUGACGUAGUAGUAGCAGCAGCAGAUGCAUCAUCAUCAGCCAUAAUCACAUCAAAGAAAGGUGCGCCAUCUGAGUAUGAGAAGAAGCUGGUGGAAUUUUUUAAGAACCAAAUCGAAACGGAUGGAUCACCAGCCUACGGUGAAGGGUUCAGGAAAGUUAACAAAAUGAUGGCCUUAAAUCAUUACAGCCUUGAGGCUACCUUGAAACAGAUCGUUAGCAUUUCCAAGACUACAUCAUCUUCAAAGUCUUGAAUCAGCCAUGUGCUACACCAGUUAUACACACCUUACCCGUAUACACAUAUACAUACAGACGCACGUUUUCUAUAUUUGGUAUUAAGUGUAAAUAGUUUAU